AAGCAUAUCACAUAGAGAUUUUGUUUUGCAUUACAUGCGCAUGGUUCGUUUUGAAGACAAUUCUUGUUUUUUUAAUGGUGUGAUAACGAUUUAGAUAUAUUAUGAGCAGCAAUUUCGACGAAAAAAGUGGGACAGUGGACUGCAAAACAGUUUGGGGGCUUUGGUAUCAAACUGCAGAAGAAAUUGUUGUCGAAGUGCAGGUUCCAGAGGGCACACGAGGAAAAGAGGUGUCCGUCAAAAUUUCACAUAACCACGUCUCGUGCAAAUUGAAAGAUAAAGUUUACUUUGACGGGGACCUGUUUGAAUUUGUGGACACUGAAGAAUCGGUUUGGAGUUUAGAAGAUCGGAAACUUGUCCGUAUUUUGCUCGCGAAAGCUAAGAAAACCAACGGUACUUGCUGGAAAUCGCUUUUCUUGGACGGUUCGUGCGCUCCUGACGAGUGGACGUUCGAUCAGAUGCAGCGCAAGUUUACAUUGGAAAAAUACCAAGUACAAAACCCCGGUUUUGACUUUAGUUCAGCAUCUAUUUCUGGCAAUUAUGAAAACGGGGGUUAUAUUUAAAAUUAAAAUAAUUAACACUUUCCACCAGCCCAAGCUGUAACGUACAUGAGGAUUAUUUACUAGUACCCAUUGUUAAAUGUAAUGGCGCAUAAAAACUGUGACACAACAAAAUCUAACUCUAUUUUUCAUGAGCUGUUACCUGGGCAUGAUAUAAUAAUAGCGGAGGUGGAAAAAACUCUGCCAGUGUCUGUUAUUGAGCCUUCCGCUUUGCAUUUAAUUAAGAUCACAUAUUCUGCCAUUAAGAAUAAACAAUAUGAAACUGCUCAAAGCAAAUCUAACCAACUACUUGACUAUGCAUGGGAGAAACUAAACACUGGUUACUGGAAAGAUGUACCAGUUGAAUGGAGAGUGUUAUAUUCACAUGCAAGUUUGUGUAAGGCAUUUUCAACAUACAUGAUUUCAAAAGAGAAUUGCAGUGAAACGAUUAUUCAAAUUUGUGAUAUGGGUUUACUAAUGGGGGCUCCAAUAUUUAAUGGAAUUUUCCAUAAACUUACUGAAGCAUUACAUGAACCUUUGCAUGUUGAUGAACCACCAAAUAAAUUGGCGCGGAAAAUUUUGGAAGAAGAUACAAUCCCUUUGGCAAUAACGGGUCAAAAAAUCCCAAUUUUGUUUUGUCCUUCAAUUGAGGAAUUUCAAUCUAAAUACAUGAUGAAAGCAGAGCCUGUUGUUUUAGAAGGAUGCAUGGAACACUGGCCUGCACUCUCUAAAUGGAGCAACAACUACUUAAGCAAAAUAGCUGGCAAAAGAGUGGUGCCUGUGGAGGUGGGGUCAAAAUACACAAACGAAAAAUGGGGUCAGAAGCUGGUUACAGUGGAUAAAUUCAUUUCUAACUUCAUGGAAAAUGAGACACCAUCUGAUAUUGGAUACCUGGCACAGCAUCAACUGUUUGAGCAAAUACCACAGCUACAAAAAGACAUUAUGGUACCAGAUUACUGCUUUAUUUCAGACAACUCUUCUUUUGAUGAAGAAGAUGUGACAAUAAAUGCUUGGUUUGGACCAAAAGGAACCAUCUCGCCCUGCCACCAUGAUCCUAAACAUAAUCUACUUUGCCAAGUAAAAGGUUCAAAGUAUAUCCGUUUAUUUUACCCGUCUUGUUCUAAUGCAUUAUACCCUUAUGAAGGAAUGCUAAGCAACACAAGCCAAGUAGAUGUUGAAUCCACAGACAAUGAUCAGUAUCCGCUUUUUAAAGAUAUUGAUAAAACUUUGAUACAUGAACACGUACUGACCAAAGGACAAAUGCUCUAUAUACCACCAAAACACUGGCAUUACAUUAGGUCAUUAGAGCAAAGUUAUUCUGUUAGUUUUUGGUGGGAAUAAGUUCCUGUCAAAUAUUUUACAAGAAUAUUUGUUUGAAUUAAUAUUUCUUAAUAGUGCUUCCUUUGUGGUAAACUAUGUACAUAUGUUUGGUUUACUAUUAUCAUUAAAAGCAAUUGUAUUGUCAUUUUACAUUGGAUUUGGCAAGCUAAACUGAUGCUUUAAUGUUGUUUUCAGGUCAAAUUUGCUUUCUGUCUGUAAUUAGAGGUAUGGUAAACAUUAAAGUGUUUCUCACAAGAAUAAAUAUUAGAGCUAA